AUGUCUAAGCAAGGAGACGACUGCUACUUCUAUUUCUAUUCCACCUGUAACAAGGGAGACAGCUGUUCCUUCCGCCACUGUGAGGCUGCUCUGGGCAAUGAGAGAGUGUGCAGGCUGUGGCGGGAGGGUCGCUGUUUCAGGACUAGCUGCAGGUUCAGACACAUGGAAGUCGAAAAAAAACGCAGUGAGAUUCCUUGCUACUGGGAGAAUCAACCAGCUGGCUGUCAAAAAUCCAACUGUGCGUUCCGUCACACGAAAGGACGUUAUGUCGACGGACGCUUCUUCCCGCCAAGCAAAACUACGCUUCCAAGUCCCCCUGAGUCUGCAGAAGAUGCUGUGAAAAUGGCUCAGGCGUCACUGCAGCAAAACAAACUUUCUGUCCAGUCAAAUCCCUCUCCGCCGCUGAGGGGGGUGAUGAAAGCGGAAAACUCUGAAAAGGUCCCAAGUCCUACGCAUCCUCCAGUUGUAAUCAAUGCUGCAGAUGAUGAUGAAGAUGGGUACUUUUUACUUCCUGAAGACCAGCUUUCUGAAGAAGGAGGUGAAACUAAAACAGCUGUCCAGCAACCGGCAACAGAAGCCCCUAGUGGAUCGCGGAUAAUUUCCACUAGGAAAUGCAGCGGUAAUACAAAGCAAGAGGACAAUUUAAAUUUUGGAAUAAAAACAGUUAAAGAAAUCAAAUUGAAGAAACUAAAGGAAAAAACAAAAAACCAAGGUGAAGGUCCUUCAGGAGUUUCUGUUCCUCCGCUCCAAUCUCGGGCUGUUCCUGUGCCAGAAAAGGAAAUUGUACGGACGGUAGUGAGAACUGUGACUCUGUCUACAAAGCAAGGGGAGGAGCCUGUGAUUCAACUGAACCUUGGCGAGAGGAUGGGAAAACGGAAAGCCUCCACAGCUGGUAAAAGUGUCCUUCCGCUAAAGCGCAACCUUGCUGACAGGCUGGGGAAGAAGACAGAGGUUCUGGAUAGUGCUGACAAAGCAGCAAAGAGAGUUCAAGUCCCCAGGUCUCUGAAGGAGAGGCUAGGACUGCGGAAGGUGUGCCUGAAGCCUUUGGAUGGGAAAGCCACCUUCCCCACAAAGCAGCCACUGAAACGUAAGGCAGCCGAGAGUCAUCCCUCUGCCGUGGCGGCUGUGAAGUCAUUGAGUGCCACUGGUGGCGACGGGAAGGAGCCUUCAGCUAAAAAAGCAGCUGUGGCCAUUGUUCCGGCUUUGCCAGAGGACAGCCUCCUCUCCGUACGUGGGAGAGAAGAACCCCAAGCCAGUCCUGUACUGCACCUUGGAAGCCAGGCAGACUCUGUGGCACAGUCAGAGGUCACAAGCUCAACUUCACCUUCUUCACAAGUAGCAGUAAAGAAACGCCGGUUGAACUUCUCAGGGGCCUGGGAAGCCCCCUUCUCUGUAGAAGACGACUUUGAGAAGUUUCUUUGGGAAAUCUCAGGAGGCAAACAGGAAGACGAAAUGGAUGUGGACCCAGAGAAUGAUGAGGAUGACUUCUUCAUGGAAAUUGGUGAACUGAUUGAUGGCUGAAAAUAAAGAAAUAAAUAAAUUGAAACGGAUUACUUUGUUGGAUACCCAGAGGUGAUUCUUUUUCGAGCUGAGGUUUUGCAAUGAGUCUUAAAGCACAGGUGAACUGGUAGAAAUUGGCAGUAUCUGCACUCAGUUGUCCUGAACUUCCCUGCAGGUCAGAGGUGCGGUCUGAAUUUGUGACCCUGCAGAAGACAGCUGAGACUGGGGUCUAUUGUGUACCCUGCCACCAGGGAUCGUUUUCCCUAGCAGCUACCUUUUGAAUGAUUUUCUU